AUGUUGCUCGCCGCCGGUGAGAGGCACGCCUGCGCGGUGGACCACAGAGGCAUGCUGGGGUGCUGGGGAGAGGCGGCCGCUGUUGCGGCCGCGGCGCCGCCGAAGCUGAUUCGCGCUGUGUCCACGGUGGCGGUGGGCGACGCGCUCACGUGCGUGCUGUGGGGGAACUGGACGGUCUCCUGCUGGCCGGAGGAGCAUGCGGCCGUGCCGCCGCAGAUAUCGCAGGAGCAGUUCGUCGCUCUGGAAGCGAGGGGGAAGGUGGUGUGCGGGGUGCUCAUGUCCGACUACUCGCUGGUGUGCUGGGGCGGAGAUGUUGCCGGCGGGGUGAGGAAGGUGUUCGACAAGGUCCUGCCGGGUCCGUGCGCGCCGGCAAGGUCGUGCCCGUGCGGCGUCUGGUCGGGCUCCGCGAUGCUCUGCGGCGCCAGCGGUGGCGCGGCCAUCUGCUACCCCUGCGGCUACACUCCUCCCAUGAAUGCGCAGGCCCCUACGUCCAACCCGUGGGCGUCGACCUCUCACACGAGGAAGAAGCGGCGGCCGAGCGAUCUGGUGAUCGCAAUGAUAAGCUUUGGAACCGGUUCAGGACUCGUGGUCCUCUUAGGCGCGCUAUUGGUCGCUUACUGCCUGCGCCGGCGUAGCCGUAGCCGCACCAGCGGCUCCCAUGACUCCGGGCGCAUCCACGCUGAGCCGAUGACAGCUCCGGGGCCGCGCGUGCCGCGGCGGCUCAGCAUGCUGCUCUCCAAGGGCCCGAACACGACGGUGGAGCAGUUUCCCCUGGCAGCGCUCCGGUCCGCCACGGACGUGUUCUCGCCAUCCCACCGCAUCGGCUCCGGCAGCUUCGGCGCCGUCUACCGCGCGUCCCUCCCCGACGGCCGCGAGGUCGCCAUCAAGCGCGCGGAGCGGCGUGACUCAGGCGCCUCAUCCUCCGCCGCCGCUGCGGCGGCGCGUCGCGUCAACCACGAGUCGGCCUUCAUCUCGGAGCUCUCGCUGCUCUCCCGCCUGAACCACAAGAACCUGGUUCGGCUGCUGGGAUUCUGCGCCGACGGCGGCGAGCACAUCCUCGUGUACGAGUUCAUGCACAACGGCACCCUCCACGACCACCUCCACAAGCGACCCGCCACGCUCUCGCCGCCGCUUGCCUCCUGGCCGUCCCGCCUCCGCCUCGCCCUCGGCGCGGCGCGCGGCAUCGAGUACCUGCACACCUACGCCGUGCCGCCCAUCAUCCACCGCGACAUCAAGUCCUCCAACAUCCUCCUCGACGCCUCCUGGUCCGCCAAGGUCUCCGACUUCGGCCUCUCGCUGCUUAAGAACCUGGGCACCGGAGACGACAAUGCCGGCGGCGAGGAGCCGUGCGUCACGGCCGGGACGGUGGGGUACAUGGACCCGGAGUACUACCGGCUGCAGCACCUGACGGACAAGAGCGACGUGUACAGCUUCGGGGUGCUGCUGCUGGAGCUGCUGUCCGGGUGCAAGGUGAUACAGAGAUACGAGGGGAGCGGCACGCCGAGGAACGUGGUGGACAUGGCCGUGCCGUACAUCGAAUCGGACCGCGUGCACCGGGUGCUCGACAUCCGGCUUCCGCUGCCGACGCCAGGGGAGAUGGAGGCCGUCGCCUACGUCGGGUACCUGGCCGCGGACUGCGUCCGGCUGCCCGGGCGCGAGCGGCCCUCCAUGAGCGAGGUUGUCGGCGUGCUCGAGCGGGCCGUUGCGGUAUGCGAGGAGCACGAGGAUAGCCCGGACGGCGGCGAGGCAGCCCUGUCGCGGUCGGGCACCGAUGGGUCCACCACCAUGUGA